GGUAUAUAUAUGUUGAGUUCUUUGCGACUCUACUCUCGAACGGUAGAUCAGAGCCUCAAAUGGGUGGGGGUGCCCGCUCCUUCAGCACUAGCCACUGCAGCUGGGGUAAAUGCGCUAACAACUCCGAUCCCGGCCGGGUGUUCUCCACUUUGACCCCAAAAAAGUUUGUACAUUUAUGAUUCUUUGUCAAGAAAGCAACUGGCAUCAAGUAGAUUGUCGUCAAACAUCCAAGGCAAUCAAUUGUACGAGAUCCCAAGUCUCGCUUCCCCGGUGAACAUGGCAACAGCUCGUGCUCUCAGAAUUGGGCUCAUAGCCGGUGAUGGCAUAGGCAAAGAUGUCGUCCCCGCUGGGCGUCGUGUUCUCGAAGCCCUGCCGGCGUCGCUUGGCCUGAGGUUCUCCUUCGUCGAUCUGCAAGCUGGCUUCCAGACGUUUGAAGAGACGGGAAGCGCCCUCCCCGACCGGACCGUUGAGACCCUCAAGGGCGAGUGCGACGGAGCCCUCUUUGGCGCCGUCAGCUCUCCGACCAAGCCCGUCAAGGGCUACAGCUCGCCCAUCGUCGGCCUCCGCAAGAAGCUCGACCUGUACGCCAACGUCCGACCGGUCAAGACGGUGGUGUCUGCCCCGCGGCCCAUCGACAUGGUGAUCGUCCGCGAGAACACCGAGGACCUGUAUGUCAAGGACGAGCGCACCUUUGAUGCCCCCGACGGCUCCGGUCCCGUCGCCGAGGCCAUCAAGCGCAUCUCGUACCGCGCAUCGCACCGCAUCGCGUCCAUGGCCGGCGAGAUCGCCCUGCGUAGGCAAAAGAUCCGCGCUGCGGGCGCGCCCAGCAUUCACUCGUCGCCGCUCGUGACCAUCACCCACAAGUCCAACGUCCUGUCCCAGACCGACGGACUCUUCCGCUCCACUGCCAAGGAGGCUCUGGCUGACCCCAAGUACGCCGGCUCCGUCGCCGUCGAGGAGCAGAUCGUCGACAGCAUGGUCUACAAGCUAUUCCGCCAGCCUGAGGACUACGACGUCAUUGUCGCCCCCAACCUGUACGGCGACAUCCUGUCCGAUGGUGCCGCCGCGCUCGUGGGCUCUUUGGGGCUGGUCCCUAGCGCCAAUGUCGGCGACGGCUUCGUCAUGGGUGAGCCCUGCCACGGCAGUGCCCCUGACAUCAUGGGCAAGAACAUUGCCAACCCCAUCGCCACCCUGCGCAGCGCUGCUCUGAUGCUCGAGUUCUUGAACGAGGAGGAGGCCGCUGCCAAGAUCUACGCUGCUGUGGACGCCAACUUGGUGGAGGGCAAGGUUCUGAGCCCUGACUUGGGCGGCAAGGCCACCACCGACCAGGUUCUUGAGGACAUUCUGAGGAGGUUGUAAUUGGUUUUAUAAUUCUCUUUUAGGUUAAAAAAUUCGGUGUUCGAGUCACUGUAAGAUUCAACAAAACGAGGAUUACAACAAAAAAGGUGUAGAAAAGAAAAUCAUUUGCUCAUAACAGCUAUUUGAGCACGUGUAAACAUGCGCGCUUUUUAAGGGUUAGAGAUCAUCCACAUGAUAUUGUUACAUAUUCCCGGUCUAGUUUUCUCUAUUGUACAUAUGUUUUGUUUGUACAUGUCUAUCGGGGUAUGGUGCCCUUCUAGUAAAAAUGAGUUCAUCUCAGCCAGGAGUACCUCCGUUUUCAGAAUCACGC